GAGUACACUGCGCACCAGGCUUAAUUUAGAAUCAACUUCCGUCUCCCUGCCACCUCGACACAAUCCUUUGAAGCUUUUAAACCUCCACGGAGCCAAUAAAGAGCUCCGGUGGCGGCGAAGAACACAAUUCAGAAGCUUCUCCGUCGCGCUCCGACCAAUUCCUCCUCCAACGGCUGUCUUCUUCUUGAUGGCAGAUACUCAUUCCAGGGCGUUGUGACGUUGCAAAAAUGCAGUCAAAUCCGUGGACUGAUCACCAAGGCCGAUUUGUACGUCAUGGUGAGACGGAGUGGAAUGCUGAGAAAAGAAUCCAGGGACAUUUAGAUAUUGACCUGAAUGAUGUCGGAAGACAGCAAGCAGUUGCAGUGGCUGAAAGGUUAUCUGGGGAGUCCAACAUUUCUGCCAUAUACUCUUCUGACCUGAAAAGAGCUCUUGAAACUGCCCAGACGAUUGCAAGCAGAUGUGGGGGCCUUGAGGUAAUUCAAGAUCCAAACCUUCGAGAGAGACAUUUAGGUGAUCUUCAAGGUCUUGUAUAUAGUGAAGCACCCAAAAUCAAAACCAAGGCAUAUGAAGCUCUUCAGUCUCACAGGAAGGACGUUGAAAUUCCAGGUGGUGGUGAAAGUCUGAAUCAACUCUAUGAACGAUGCACAGCUUCGUUGCAAACAAUUGCCAGUAAACACCGAGGAGAGCGGGUGGUGGUGGUGACUCACGGUGGUGUGAUCAGAGCACUCCACCAGCGGGCUUCUCUCGGAAACGGACGCCGAGCAGGAAGGAUACUGAACGUAUCAGUCAAUGUAUUUCACUUAUCGGAUCCGGACAAAUGGGACAUCAAGGUGUGGGGAGAUGUCGGUCAUCUGAAUGGCGCCAACUACUUAGAUUCGGGUUUCGGUGGCGACAGAACUUCCGGUUAGUCUGCUCGAUACAUGUCCAUUUCUUGCUUUGCUAUAUAACAUUAGAUCAUCCAUCAACACAUCUUACAAAUUAUAAAAGCCUUGAUGGGCUUGAAAUUCUAUGGAAUUAUUGCACCCCAAUUAAUAUGUUGAAUUGAUUUGUAUCUAAUCCCAUUAGUGGGAAACAGCGAUUUGGUUGAAAAGAAACCUUGUUAUUAUAAGUUGGUUGACGUUGACCUUUGCACAUGGUUGCAAAUG